AUGGGUAACGUUAGCAGUCGCCCCGAUGAAGGGGCAGCUCUCUAUCUGAGAGACCAGAAUAGACUCUUGAUAUCGUCAUUAGUCAUUUCCAACCCGCGCUCCGGCUCGUCAAUCCAAAUAACUCCCAACGCUUUCCCUGCCUCUCGAGUCACCGUUUCCCGUCCCACAGGCGAGACUGCCCCCAUAGAAUUCAUCCAAGACACAGAUCAAUCGAAUCCUAGCGCGGGCCCGAACUUCAUCCUCAAGCUCAACAGCGACGACGAGCUCGUCUUUACCUUCUCCUUCAUCACUCGCCAGGCACAGCAACUUGUCCAGACCGCCAACGAUGCCCCCGAAACCCUUGCACCUCUUGAUACCCACAUCAGCAGCCUCACCUACGUCUACGCCUCCACAUCGCGCGAGGUUGAGAACCUGGUGACCCGCGAAUUCCAUGCAGACCCCAAUCUCCAUAAGAACGCCAAUGUCGAGCUUGUGGGCGAUUACUCUACAGGUGGUAGUCCUUCCGUCACAUUCGAAUGGACAUGGAAGUGGAAACCGCCUAAGAACUUCGAGGAUAAGGGAGGUGGUUGGAGGAAUUCGUGUAGCUUCGUCGAAUACGAUUCUCGCGCCCACCGCCUGCACACCCUUGCGAGUUUCUCUUACUGGGUAGCGAAUACCUCGUCACCCAUGAGCCACCCAAACUCUCCUUCGCCGCUCUUCCACCUCGCCCCGCCUCCCAAGAUCCGUGUAGCAUCUUCCCAAUCUGUCGACUCCCGUAUCAGUAACAUCGAGUUGGAGGAACCAGGCUCGCCCGUUUCUGCCGCUGGAUCGCAGGUGCCUCUGACGGCCGUACAGCAGCCCCUUCCGCCUCCUCCACAAGAGCCAGUCAAGGUUGAUGUGGCGUGCCCUAAACCUGGCGACGACAACGUCACCAUCAGCGACGACGGGCCGGUUUUCCGAGCCACCAUCAAGGCCUUGGAACAAAAGACGGGGAAUAUGCGGGUGCAAAUGAAGCGCGUUCUGAAGAAAGCUGAGCAGGCGCAGGAAGCCCAGACGGAAGCGACCGCGAGAUUCGAGUCUUUUAUGGAGGCACUACGCGAGGCGGCAUCCACAAACGCAAAUGCAGUGCAGCCUGCGAUCGACCACUACUUCAACAAGAUUGCCAAGGAAAUCUUGGAAUAUGAACAGAAGAAUGCGCGCUGCCUGCAGAAAAUCGUGAUCGAGCCUCUGAGCAAGGUCUACACGUUCGACAUAAAACAGGCCGAGAACAAGAAAAGGGAUUUUGAAGAGGAGAGCAAGGACUACUAUGCAUAUCUUUCUCGUUAUCUCGGCCAGCGGCACGACUCGGUCAAGGCCAAGAAACUUGCCGAAAGUGAUACGAAAUAUCAAGCGAAGCGUCGCACGUUUGAACUAAGACGCUUCGACUACUCCAGCUUCAUGCAGGACUUGCACGGCGGCCGCAAGGAGCAGGAGGUUCUCUCCCAUCUCACGCGAUAUGCCGACGCGCAGGCGAGGGGCUUUCUUGACACAGCCAAAAAGAUCGAAGCCCUGCUUCCGCAACUGGAGGCCCUCACCAACGAGGUUCACGAGGCAGACAAAGAAUUCCAGUACCAAAGACGCGAGCGCGAGGAGAAGAGGCGGCUGCUCGAAAAAGGGAACCACCCGUAUUCGGAUCCCGAUCUGACAUCGCCGCCUCCCGCGGGCAACGCGUACACUUCCGUUGUCAAUGGCCAGAAUGCCUCGACCUCAGACAGCGAGCUGGGCCGGGCCGACAGCACCAGUUCUCAGCUCAGGACGGGUGUCGCCACCGGCGCCAACGCAUCAUCAGCUGUAGGGGCUGCCGAGCUGUCCAGAUCGCCAGGUAGUGUCGGCGCUUCAAACCUCGGGAGCCCCGCUGCGGCAUCCAAGUUCAAGGGCAUACGUGACUUAGAGGAAAGAGAUCACGCUCAGCUGGUGAUCGCAGACAGGAAUAACUCGCAGCGAAAAGAAGGCCUCCUAUGGGCCAUGAGCAGGCCGGGAAGUCAUGUAGACCCGCGCAACUUGAACAAGCAGGGCUGGCACAAGUUCUGGAUUGUUCUUGAUCAGGGAAAACUCUCCGAGUACAGCAAUUGGAAGCAGAAGCUCGAUCUACACAUGGAUCCCAUCGAUCUUAGAAUGGCGUCAGUACGAGAAGCCCGCAAUGCGGAGCGUCGUUUUUGCUUUGAGGUCAUCACGCCCCAGUACAAACGCGUGUAUCAAGCCACAUCGGAGGAGGACAUGAACAGCUGGAUUACGUCGAUCAACAACGCUUUGCAAAGUGCGGUAGAAGGGCGUCUGCUCGAGAAGCCUGGCCUAUCGCCGCCACCUUCCAGCGGCGGUUCGAGCAGCCUCAAGAGGGACAUUGGGUCCAUUUUGACCGGUAAGGGGCCGUCGGGACAUGGUAACCAUCACGCGAGCGCGACUACGAGCACCGGUAGCGGCACGCCGGCUCGGCGUAUCACAGUGGGCGGGAGGCCGGCCACAUCGCGCGCACCUAGCUCCGGCUACGACGACAACCCAGACAAGCUGCUUCAGAUGCUGCGCAAUAACGACCAAGGCAACUGUUGGUGUGUGGACUGCGGGUCCGGGGCCAAGGUCGAAUGGGUCUCGAUCAACCUGGCUGUCAUCCUCUGCAUUGAGUGCAGCGGCAUUCACCGAUCCCUGGGCACGCACAUCAGCAAAGUGAGGUCUCUCACGCUCGACAUCACGUCCUUCACGCCCGAUAUUGUCGAGUUGCUGCUUCUCGUUGGUAACCGGGUUGCGAACAUGGUAUGGGAAGCCAAGCUCGACCCGGCGGUCAAGCCGGGGCCGCAGGCAACCCGAGAGCAGCGGCUCAGGUUUAUCACGGCCAAGUACGUGGACAGGGCAUUUGUGGAGCCCCUAUCGCCUACGCUGUCACGGUACGCAACGGCGGAGGAGACGCUCCUGGCAGGAAUCAAGAAGAACGAGAUACAGCAGGUCAUCUACGCGCUGGCACUGAAGGCGAACCCGAAUGCUACGGACAAGUCACGAGGCACACAUGCGGUAUUCCUGGCGCUGGCCGCAGCCGACCCGGCAUCGCCUUCUCCGCCCGGAGGUCAACAGCCCGAGCCUGACAAGCCGGUCUCGUUUCCGGUAGCGGAAUUGUUGAUGCAGAACGGGGCGGAGAUGCCAGCCAGCAUGCCGGCAUUCCCGCUGAGCCGUAGGGCCCAGAUGUACGUGGAGCAGAAGAGGGGCCGGGCGAGCGGAUUUGCGGGCGACUCGGUGGGGACUCUGCGGCCGAAUCUAAGCGUGAGUGAGCGGUACCAGCAGGAGAAGGAAGCGAGGCUGCAGAAGAGAGUGAGCGCUGGCGGGCGUCUGGCUAAGAGCCCAAUUCCGGAGAGGUAG